GGGCGGAGCCACCAUCCUCCAGUGAAAAUGCCUCUCGUGGUGAUUUGUUCUACGUCGCGAUCCGUAGAGGCGCCGAGUUGCCGCCCCUUCUUUGGGAGCGGUGGAGAUUCAUCAUGUGAGACUCCGGAGGCCGGAACUGGGCAAGUUGAGGGGCGCUCAGGGUUUGCGACAUCGCCGCGGCCGCUGCAGGGUCUAUGGCCGAGGCAGUGAGGCCCCCUCGCCGGGCCAAAGCCAAGGCCAGCCGGACUAAAGCCAAGGAAAAGAAGAAAUGUGAAACCCUUCAGAGGGAAGAGUCUGAUGAAGUCUCCCUUCCAAAAACUUCCAGAGAGCAGAAAAUCCCUCCUCCAGUUUGUGAAAUCGAAGGAGACCAUCUGAAAGUGUCAGCUGAUUCCCAGCUGAAGAAUGAUGCCAGUGAACAAAAUGAGAGUGAAAUGUCUGAUGUCCCACUCACCUCCUUAACUGUGAGCAAUGACGAGUCCCUGUCACGUAACACCGAGACCCUAAAGGGAGGGGGAGAGAUCAGAGCCUGUGUCGAGGAGGAAGAAAUCAAGCCGAAGGUUGACCCUGGAGACAAUGUUGGCACCAAAGUAGAAACUCCCGAGAACUUUACAGAAGUAAAGGAAAAUAAAUUGGUACAAUGUGGACCUUCAGAAAGCACACUGCAGUCUGAUUUUUCUCAUACUCAGCAGGAAGUGGGAAAUUUACAUGUCAGAGAAACUCACAAUAGAACAGAAGACAAACAAGCCCAGGGUCUUUCUUUAGAGGUGCUACACAGUGUUGGCUUGCAGAGUUCUUGUGAAGCCACAGAUGUUUUUCAGCCACCUAGAGUAAAAAAAUUGUAUCCCCAGUUGCCAGCUGAAAUGACUGGAGAAGAACCAACUUUGGUGGCUGUGAAACCCUCAUUUCGUAAUGAACGACUCUACCCCGAACUCCCAUCACAACCAGAGCUAGUACCAUUUACUAAAGAACAGCUAAAAAUCUUUGAGCCUGGUUCAUGGCUGGAAAAUGUGGAGUCAUAUUUAGAAGAAUUUGACAGCAUGGCUCAUCAGGACAGGCAUGAAUUUUAUGAGUUGCUUUUGAACUACUCACGGUGUAGGAAGCAGCUGUUGCUGGCUGAAGCUGAGCUACUUACCCUGACGUCUGAUUGCCAAAAUGCUAAAAGUCGACUGUGGCACUUUAAGGAGGAGCAAGUGUCUGUACAGGGUAUCUGUGCAGAUCAAGUGAAAGUUCCAGGCCAUCAUCGCUACCAGACAGUAGAGAUGAAUGAAAAUGCACUGGGGGAGCUAAAGAAGCUAUUUGAUGCCAAAUCUGAGCACCUCCACCAGACCCUAGCUCUGCAUUCUUACACGUCCGUGCUCUCGAGGUUGCAAGUGGAGUCUUACAUCUAUGCACUGCUCAAUAGUUCGGCUGUUCUGAGAUCUCUAGCAAUUCAUCAGCAAGGUCCAGUGUCUAAGCAGACAGAAAGUAUCCCUUCUGAUCUGUGUCAACUAAAGGAGUGCAUUAGUGUCUUAUUCAUGUUCACCAGGAGAGUUAAUGAAGAUACUCAAUUCCAUGAUGACAUUCUUCUCUGGCUGCAGAAAUUGGUAUCAGUGUUACAAAGAGUUGGCUGUCCUGGAGAUCACUUCUUCCUUCUGAACCAUAUUCUUCGAUGCCCAGCUGGUGUUAGUAAAUGGGCUGUUCCUUUCAUCCAGAUCAAAGUAUUGAAUAACCCAUCAGGGGUCUUUCACUUUAUGCAGUCCCUUGCGCUGCUCAUGUCUCCUGUCAAAAAUCGAGCAGAGUUCAUGUGCCACAUGAAGCCCAGUGAGCGGAAACCGUCCUCCUUGGGACCAGCGUCAGGGACCUGGACACUAGUAGAUGAGGGAGGAGAAGAGGACGAAGAUCCUGAGACUAGUUGGAUUCUCCUUAAUGAAGAUGACUUGGUUAUCCUUUUAUCACAGUUUCCAUUUCAUGAACUCUUUCAACAUCUUCUUGGGUUUAAGGCAAAAGGUGAUUAUUUACCUGAAACAACAAGACCUCAAGAGAUGAUGAAAAUUUUUGCCUUUGCCAACUCAUUAGUGGAACUUCUGGCUGUGGGGUUAGAAACCUUUAAUAGAGCACGCUAUAGGCAGUUUGUGAAGCGCAUUGGUUAUAUGAUCAGGAUGACCCUUGGUUAUGUGAGUGACCAUUGGGCACAGUAUGUCAGCCACAGUCAAGGUUUGGGACUGGCCCUGCAGCCGUACUCCGCAGAGAAACUACAGGUUGAGUUUGAUGAGUUGUUUUUGAGGGCUGUUCUACACGUGCUAAAAGCCAAAAGACUUGGCAUUUGGCUGUUUAUGUCUGAGAUGCCCUUUGGGACACUGUCGGUCCAGAUGCUGUGGAAGCUCUUCUACCUCAUGCACCAGGCAGAGAGCGGGAGCUUGGAGCAGCUCUGCGCCACCCUCCAGCCUGCUGAGUGCAAGAAGCAGCUCCAAGACCCAGAGCAUUUUGUGAACUUUGAGAAGUGUCUUUCUUCCAUGAAUAGCUCAGAAGAGAUUUGCCUUCUGACUACAUUUGCUCAGAUGGCACAGGCCAGAAGAACCAACGUGGAUGAAGACUUCAUAAAAAUUAUUGUUCUGGAGAUAUAUGAGGUGUCUUACCUCACCUUGUCCACUAGAGAGACUUUUUCAAAGGUUGGCCGAGAGCUUUUAGGAGCCAUCACAGCUGUUCACCCUGAGAUCACUUCUGUUAUUUUGAAUAGAGUUCAAGAGACCAUUGAUCAGGUUGGAAUGGUUUCUUUAUACUUGUUUAAAGAAUUGCCUUUAUAUCUUUGGCGACCUUCUACCUCCGAGAUAGCUGUAAUUCGGGAUUGGUUACUGAAUUAUAACCUGACAGCGGUCAAGAAUAAACUGGCCUGUGUUAUUCUAGAAGGACUGAAUUGGGGAUUUGGUGAACAGGGUGUCCUUCAUCUGAAUCAAGCAGUCCAUGCUGAAGUGGCUCUAAUGGUUCUUGAAGCUUACCAGAAGUACCUUGCACAGAAGCCAUAUGCGGGGCUUCUUUCUGAAAGUAUGAAGCAGGUUUCAUAUUUGGCCAGUAUUGUUCGUUAUGGAGAGACACCUGAGAGCUCAUUUAACCAAUGGGCCUGGAGCUUGAUCUUGAGGUUAAAAUUGCAUAAAAAUGAUUACGGAAUGCAGCAGAAUUGUCCAACUGUUCCCUUCUCCAGCACUGUCCCUGACAUGACAGAGUCACCCACGUUUCAUCCUCUCUUGAAGGCUGUGAAAGCGGGCACGCCCAUUGGCUGUUAUCUCGCCCUGUCCAUGACGGCCGUGGGCCACAGCAUUGAGAAAUUCUGUGCAGAAGGCAUUCCACUGUUGGGAGUUCUGGUCCAGUUGAGGCAUUUGAGAACAGUGGUCCAUGUUCUGGACAAGAUUCUCCCUUUGUUCUACCCUUGCCAGUAUUACCUUCUGAAGAAUGAGCAGUUUUUGUCACAUCUCCUCCUGUUCCUGCACUUGGACAGUGGCAUCCCUCAGGGCGUGACACAGCAGGUCACCCACAAGGUGGCACAGCACCUGACGGGAGCCAGCCACGGGGACAACGUGAAGCUUCUCAACAGCAUGAUCCAGGCGCACAUAUCUGUAAGCACUCAGCUCAAUGAAGUGGGCCCCAUUGCUGUGUUGGAGUUCUGGGUUCAGGCUCUUAUAAGCCAACAUCUUUGGUACCGAGAACAACCCAUCCUCUUCCUCAUGGACCACUUGUGUAAAACAGCUUUUCAGCUGAUGCAGGAAGACUGUGUACAGAAAUUACUUUACCAGCAACAUAAGAAUGCUUUGGGCUACCACUGUGACCGGAGUCUGCUGUCUUCUUUCGUGAGCUGGAUCGUGGCUGGCAACAUCACUCCUUCCUUCGUGGAGGGCUUGGCCAUGCCCACUCAGGUCUGGUUUGCAUGGACUGUACUGAACAUGGAAUCCAUCUUUGAAGAAGACUCUCAGCUCCGAAGAGUUGUCGAAGGGGAAUUGGUUAUAAACCCUGCUUUUACCCCUGACCAAGCUCUUAAGAAAGCCCAGGCCCAGCUGAAGCUCCCCAUCGUCCCGUCCCUCCAGAGGCUGCUCAUUUAUCGUUGGGCCCACCAGGCUCUGGUCACGCCUUCUGAUCACCCUCUUCUGCCACUCAUUUGGCAGAAAUUCUUCCUCCUGUAUCUUCACCGCCCGGGACCGCAGUAUGGGUUACCCAUUGAUGGUUGUAUUGGAAGAAAGUUUUUUCAAAGUCCUGCUCAUAUGAAUUUGUUGAAAGACAUGAAGAGGCGCCUGACCGAGGUGGCUGACUUCCACCAUGCUGCGAGCAAGGCCCUUCGCGUUCCAGCAGAGGGCAGCGAAGGGCCGUGUGUGAGCCAGGCGGGCACCCCUGGUUUCCUGACAUCACCAGAGCUGCACACAGAACUCGUGAGGCUCUUCAAUGUAUAUAUAUUAUGGCUAGAAGAUGAGAAUUUUCAAAAAGGAGAUACCUAUAUCCCUUCCUUACCAAAGCAUUAUGAUAUUCACAGGCUAGCAAAAGUGAUGCAGAAUCAGCAGGAUCUGUGGAUGGAGUAUUUGAACAUGGAGCGCAUUCAUCAUGAGUUUCAGGAAGCUGUUGGUCUGUGGACACAGGCCAAGCUUGAGUCCCAUUCCCCACCCUGCAGUUUGUCAGUGCAGCUGGACUUCACCGAUCCUUUGUUGGCUAAAGAAAGGGUUUUAGGUAACUUGCGGAAACAUGAGGCCCCCCAUCCUCCCCUUGUUCUGCACCCUCUGAGGCCUCCCGUCCCAGUGAUUUCCUCAGCCACGCUACUGAGUCAGAAGGAUGCCACCCAGCUCGUGCGCAUGGACCUGAAUCUGCUGCAACAGCAGGCCAGAACCUCAGCUCUUCGGGAGUCUCAGCAGGUUGCCCUGGAUAGUGAGCUGUUGGACACAAUGCCCAAGCAGUAUAUUAAUCGAGAAGAACAAAUCACACUACAUUUGGAGUGUAGAGGCAGUAGUGGUAGGAAAUGCCAAGGAGCAGCAGUUGUAACAGUUCAGUUUGAAGGUAUGCAUAAGAAUGAAGCAGUAAGCCAGCAGCUCCAUGUUUUGCGAAAAGAAGUGAAGCAUUUGCAAGCAGAAGCUGCUAAACCACCAUCACUUCAUAUUGUGGAAGCCGCUGUGCAUGCAGAAAACUUGAUUACGGCCUUAGUGAACGCCUACAAGUUACAGCCUACACCUGGAGUUCAGAAAGUUGGCAUUGACCUUUUCUUUACUGUUGUGGAUUAUGUCAGUGAUGAGACACAGCGUCAUCCUCCUACAAGGCAGUUCUUUACUUCAUGCAUUGAGAUCUUGGGACAGGUGUUUAUCAGUGGCACUAAAUCGGAAUGCAAGAAAGUACUUCAGACCAUUCUGAAGAAUAGAAGGCUCUGCUCUCUUCUGUCUCCUUUCUUCACUCCCAGUGCUACGCCCGCAGAGUUCAUACAGCUAUAUGAGAAAGUGGUCAAGUUUCUAAGUGAGGACAAUAGUGAUAUGAUUUUCAUGCUGCUAACCAAGUUCGAUCUUAAGCUAUGGCUAAACUCCACUAAACCUCCUCUGUCUGAUCGUACCAGGCUUCUGGAGUCCAUUCAUUCAGCACUUACUGCCUGGGGCCUUGAACCAGAUGAAGAUAUUUUGAUGCCAUUUAAUCUUUUCUGUAAGCACUGGACUUACCUCCUCCUCUAUCAGUUCCCUGACCAGUACAGUGACAUUCUCAGGCUGCUGAUGCAAAGCUCUGCUGAGCAGCUACUGAGCCCUGAGUGUUGGAAAGCCACUCUGAGAGCCCUAGGCUGCUGUGCCCCUGCCUGCCAGCAGGGGGCAGCUUUGGCCGAGAGCUCGGUGCUUCAAAGCUCUCCAGAUGUUCUCUUGUCAGACAAGCAGGUAAUGGAGACUAUACAGUGGCUCUCAAACUUUUUUUAUAAGCUUCGGUUAUCCAAGUUGGACUUUAAGAGCUUUGGCUUAUUCUCAAAAUGGAGUCCUUACAUGGCUGAUGUGAAGACACUGUUGGGCUAUCUUGUAACAAGGCUGAUUGACUCUGAAAUGGCAUGCUUGGCCCAAGACCCAUCUGCAAGCAGCAAAACAGUGCUGAGAUCGCUACAUUCAGUGAUCAUCCAGCUCUUUAAGCCAUGGAUCCUGGUCUUAGAGGACAGUGAAAGCAAUCAGCGACAUUACCCCUGGUUGGAGAGUGACACUGUGGUGGCCUCAAGUAUAGUGCAAUUAUUCACUGACUCUAUUGGCUCAUUACAUGAGAGUUUUAAAGAUAAGCUGCUGCCCAGUGACAAAGGAGCCCUUCGAUUACACCUGAUGCAUUAUUGUGAAGCCUGUACAGCGCCCAAAAUGCCAGAGUUCAUUCUGUUUGCAUUCCAUAGUGCGUACCGGAAGCUCAAGUGGAGGGACCUGCACCCCGAUCAGACGCUUAUGGAGGCCUUCUUCAAAGUGGAACGAGGAAGCCCCAAGAGCUGUUUUCUGUUUUUGGGGUCUAUACUCUGUGAAGUCAAUUGGGUUAGUGUGCUCUCUGAUGCCUGGAAUCCCAAUCCCCGCCCUGAAACUAGAAGCAUGAUUGUCUGUCUCCUCUUCAUGAUGAUUUUAUUGGCAAAGGAAGAUCAACUAGUAGACCAGACAGAUUCGCCUUUACUCAAUCUCCUUGGACAGACAAGCUCACUUUCAUGGCAUCUUGUGGAUAUUGUGUCAUACCAGAGUGUGAUAGGUUAUUUCAGCAGCCAUUAUCCGCCGUCCAUCAUCCUGGCUAAAGAAUCUUCUGCUGAAUUAAUAGUGAAGCUCCUAAAAGUGUCUGCGGGCCUUUCCAUUCCAGCUGAUGGCCAGAAACAUCUUGAUGCAGUUCCAAAAUGCCGAGCAUUCAUUCAUCAGAUGGUCCAAUUUCUCAGUGCCCUGGAGCAAAAUGGAAAAAUCACCUUUGCAAUUCUAGAACAGCAAAUGUCUAAGCUGUUAGAUGAUAUCAUUAUCUUUAACCCACCUGACAUAGACAGCCAGACCCGCCAUAUGGCCCUCAGUAGCCUCUUUGUGGAAGUCCUGAUGAUGAUGAACAACGCAACUGUUCCAACUGCUGAGUUCCUCCGGGGCAGUAUCCGGACCUGGAUUAGCCAGAGAGUGCACGGGCUGGGGGUGCUGCCCCUUUUAACAGCAGCAUGCCAGAGCCUGGCUUCCGUCCGCCACAUGGCUGAGACCACAGAAGCCUGCAUCAUGGCCUACUUCAAGGAAGACUCCCUUAGUCAAAAUGUAGGAUGGGGCCCCAUUCUGGUGUCCCUUCAAGUUCCUGAGCUCACCGUAGAAGAAUUUCUGCAGGAGUGCCUGUCCCUGGGCAGUUACUUGACUCUUUAUGUCUACUUGCUUCAGUGUUUAAAUAGUGAACAGACUCUAAGGAAUGACAUGAAAGUGCUGCUCAUCUUAAGCAAGUGGUUGGAACAGGUGUAUCCAAGCUCUGUGCAGGAAGAGGCAAAGCUGUUUUUGUGGUGGCACCAGGUCCUGCAGCUCUCGCUGAUUCAGACAGAGCAGAACGACUCGGUCUUGACAGAAUCUGUCAUUCGAAUUCUGCUCAUGCUUCAGGGCAGGCAGAGCCUCAUGGCUGAGGAGAGGCUCAGCUCUGGGAUUCUGGGGGCAAUUGGGUUGGGCCGGAAGUCACCCUUAUCUAACAGGUUCCGAGUCGUCGCCCGAAGCAUGGCUGCCUUCCUUUCAGUUCAGGUUCCUGCAGAUGACCAGAUUCGGCUGAAGCCUGGCUCUGAAUUAUAUCUGACUCUGAAAGCUCAGCAGGCUCUGAAUGCUCUGGAAUCCAUGACAUCAAAUAAGCAGUAUAUUGAAUAUCAGGAUCAGAUAUCUCAAGCUGCCCAGUUUAUAAAGCAUCCUGGCCAUUGCCUCCAAGAUGGGAAAAGCUUCCUCGCUCUUCUUGUUAACCGUCUCUAUCCAGAAGUGCAUUAUUUGGACAAUAUACGAUAGUACACUGAGGCCUGUGGAAAAUCCGUUGCUGUUUAUGUUUACAUUUAACUUUGCUGUUGCACAAGGAACUUUGCUCAUUUUCACUGCAGAGCUCAGUUCAGCCAAUGAGUAGUGACUGGGAUGCACAUCGGAGGCCCUGGAAAACUCGACUGUGCAUGUGCACGUGUGUGCGUGUGUGUUUUAUUAGCCCCUAAGACUUCCCUGGAACUUUUUAGUUUUUAUGUCAUCCAACAAGAGAAACUUAGUAAGUUCCACUUGGGGACAGCAUCCCUCACAGUUGCCGAAUUCACCAGUCAUCUCACAAGACCCCAGGGUGGAGUUCUUUGUAUGUCUCCACUUUUGCUUCCUCUGGUGUUGUUGAAAUUUGAGGACUCCUGGGCCAGAUCUAACUACUUUGGGCGUCAUGUAGAAGCCUCACUUUUGAACCUCAUUUGAGGUUUUCCAAAGUAAAACAUACCAACUUUGAAAAUGUCUGCAUUUCUCAAAAGCGGGGACAUACACCAGCUUAAAGGAAUUGUGUUCUCUCUCUAAGAGGGGAGCUAAGAGUGCUGAGCUAGUCAGGAGCCACAUCUAUGACCACAUGUCCUCUGUUUCCAACCACUGCUAACAAUUGACAAUACAAGGCUGGCAUUCAGAGUGAGUCAUUGUGUAAAAUGUGACCACUUGAUUCUGGGUGUAGCGUACCCCAGAGAUGGUGACAGGUUCAUCUCCAUCCAGCUAUGUGUCCUCAUGGAGCAGGAGCCAUCCGUCUUUGUCAGGGUGGCAUGCUGAAGGUCUGUGAUGAGAAUCCUGGGCACAGUGUGUUUUCCUUGGUCCACGUGGUGGAGCGUGUAGGCAGGACUUACUCUCCGCUUCAUUGCCAUUAUUCCAUUCCUCUUGGUCCUUCUCCCAGCCUUCCCCUCGUUCCCGUCACUCACUCAGUUCCUGUUAGCAUCUGAGUUUGUAACUCUAAUAGACACCAUGUUGGAUAUCUGAAGUCCCACUGCCAAGAGAGACUGAAGACUGGAUGAUUCUAUAAUCCCUGCUUGUUUCUUCAUUCCCUAUUUAAACUCAAAAGAAGAUAGCAGACCUGUGGAAACAUGUGUCCAUAGAAAUUGGUUCAGGGCAGGAGACUUGCUGAAGUUUGGCUUUUUCAGUAGCCGUGUGCUUUCUGUUGUUAACAACGCAUCCAUUACUAAAGCCUGUCUGUAAUGUUGCCUUGUUCUGUCGCCCAUCUUCUUGCUCAUGUUGUUUCCCCCAGGAAUUAGCAAAUUGUCAUCUGUCAUCAUAUUCAUAAUUCUUUUGGCUCAUAAUUGAUUUUAUUGGCCAGCUUGGCAUAAUGUUUCUUUUGUUUAUGGGUUGUCUAUAGCCCAAGAACAUUUACUGAAGAAUGUCCAGUCACUGAGAGCUUAUAGUGGGAGGCUAGUGAUACAGGUUAAUGAAGUGAUAACCUCUUCUCAAGUCUUCUUUUGGAGUGUUCCCCAACAUUUGGAAGUAUGUAGGGGCUCUUAAUUUCUGUAGUUGUACAGAAGAAUUCCACCUCACAGACUGCUCUGGAGCUCUGAUAAAGAUCAUCCCUGUUCAUCCUCCCAAGUGUUGUCAACCCCAAUGUCCACCUCAGAGUGGGCCUGUCUCAGAGCUUUGCUUUGUAUUUGCUUCUUUGUCAGGUCAUGUUUCUCCACUGUCAAAAUUGGUCAUCUUCCCCAUUCAAUGUGUAUGGGAAAUUUUAGAAGCUGUGGACAUUUGAAUGGUUGAUUUGGCAACAGUGAUAUUAUAACAGGAAAUAUUAUUUUGUGUGCUGUUUUCUUUGAGGAGGAUGUAAUUAUUGAUAUCCUAGAACAUGAAAUUUUUGACUGUACAUUUUAAAGAAAAUUAUGACUAGUUAAUUUUGAAAGUUUAUAAUAUUUAUAAUGUAUUUCGUCUGUAAAAACCAUAAAAAAAUAAAAUCAACAUUUGGUUG